UGUUUCUGGAUAUGUGCUUUCGAAGAAGACGCGUUUCCUAGGAACAACAAAUCGUAGAUAUCUGGAUUCCUCUGUAUUGAGCUCCAGAAGGCAGAUGCGACAGUGAAGAUGUCGCGUCAAGAAAUUGUUGAAAGUAUGGAAGGGGUUGAAAUGACGGGAUCAGCCAACGAUUUCCCCCCCUUCAAUGAGCAAGAGAAACGCAUUUUAGAAGUGUACGACAAAUUAGAAGAACUCCAAGUUGAGAUCGCUUUGUUGAAAGCUCAAGGUGUUAUUUCUUCAGGAGGUAUGUUCCUAUAUACAAAUAUCUAGAGCACGUGUUCUGACCAUUUUUAGAUCAACCAGAAGAAGUCACCGAUGAAGAUAUCCGAAAGGCAGAGAACGACCUUCUUGAGUCAAAAGCUAAUUAUUCCUUACGGUCGAAGAUUAUUGAGACUGUUGUUAUUGCCAAUCCCAUAUUGAAGGCAGUUCAUGCGGGUAGUAAUGCUUCCGUUAUAGAACAGUAAGUUACUCUCUUCCAACACACUUCUUGCAUUAUUGACAAACCCAUAGGGACCUCUUACCACUCAUUGAGAAACGUGAUGCUCUUUCUGAAAAUUUGGCUCAGAUAUCUAAUAACCUUCAAUCAUCAAGGGAAGAGCUGAUCAAAGAAUCCAGUGAAAACAUUAUUACGGGCAGAAAGAACGUUGAACUAGCUACAAAAAUGAUAGCUCUGGCAGAAGAGGCGAAUAGUCAAGGGAAAGAAAACAUUCAAGAUCCUGAAGUUCGUGCAGAGUUGGAUGAGUUGGAGGGAGCGAUGAAGAAUAGUAGACAGAGAUGGAGGAUCAUGAAGAAUACUGCUAGUGCUGUGGUAGUUGGUAGUGGUGUUGAUUGGGCGAGGGAUCCCAAGUUAUUAGAAAUUGUUCUCGACGACGAUGGGGAUUGAUGAUGAGAAAGUUCAGGGAUAAUAACAAUGGAUAAAGCAAUCAAACAUACGGACUCCACUCGUAACAUCUUUUCAUUCACGUAGCCUUAGAAAUGCCAUCUAUCAUCCAAACUUCCCACAUGG